AUGGUCUCCACUCCCGGCGGGGCCAUGGUCUCCCCUCCCGGCGGGGCCAUGGUCUACCCUCCCAGGGAGGCCGUGUUCUCCCCUCCCGGCGGGGCCGUGGUCUACCCUCCCAGGGAGGCCGUGUUCUCCCCUCCCGGCGGGGCCGUGGUCUACCCUCCCAGGGAGGCCGUGGUCUCUGCUCCCGGCGGGGCCGUGGUCUCCGCUCCUAGGGGGGCCGUGGUCUCCGCUCCAGGCGGGGCCAUGGUCUCCCCUCCCAGCGGGGCCAUGGUCUACCCUCCCAGGGAGGCCGUGUUCUCCCCUCCCGGCGGGGCCAUGGUCUACCCUCCCAGGGAGGCCGUGUUCUCCCCUCCCGGCGGGGCCAUGGUCUACCCUCCCAGGGAGGCCGUGUUCUCCCCUCCCGGCGGGGCCAUGGUCUACCCUCCCGGGGGGGCCGUGGUCUCCCCUCCCGGCUGGGCCGUGUUCUCCCCUCCCGGCGGGGCCGUGUUCUCCCCUCCCGGCGGGGCCGUGUUCUCCCCUCCCGGUGGGGCCGUGUUCUCCCCUCCCGGCGGGGCCGUGGUCCCCCCUCCCGGCGGGGCCGUGGUCCCCCCUCCCGGCGGGGCCGUGGUCCCCCCUCCCGGCGGGGCCGUGGUCCCCCCUCCCGGCGGGGCCGUGGUCUCCCCUCCCGGCGGGGCCGUGGUCUCCGCUCCCGGCGGGGCCGUGGUCUCCGCUCCCGGCGGGGCCGUGGUCCCUACCCUCCCGGGAGGCGGGGCCCUGGGAGCCAGAAGGCCCAACUUUAGAAGAGAAGACAUGAAGGCGAUCCACAGAGCAGCCAGCAAGAACAAGCUGCUGAAGAUGAACACCCUCCUGAAUUUCGGAAUCAGUGACGUGUUUGAACGGGAUAAGAAGGGACGGACUCCUCUCCAUGUGGCCUGUGCCUAUGGCCAUGCAGGUAUGGUGAGACUCAUAAUAAAGAGGCCGCUGUUGAACCUCCUUGACGGUGAGAAAAAGACAGCUCUGAUGCACGCCCUACAAUACCAGAAUCUGAAAUGUGCAUGUAUUCUGCUUAAACAUGGUGCCAAUACAAAUAUAAUGGACAACGAUGGCAACACUGCUCUGCAUUAUGCUGUCCUUGGUCACAGUACAGGAAUCGUGCAAUGGCUGUUGUCGCACAAGGCAAAUAUUGAAGCAAGAAACAAGAGUGACCUCACACCACUUGCACUUGCUAAACUUGCAAACAAUGAGAAAAUGGUGGAAUUAUUAGUAAGCAGAGGUGCAAAAGACGAUCAGAGCAAACAGCAACUAACUUCUGAAGAAAAGGACCCCCAGAAAUCUGAAAGUUGCACUCCUGUUACAGAUCAACAGGAAACUCAAAAACAAGCAUCGACUGAAACAAAAUCAAUGACAGUAGUGGUUGAGAAAUCUGAUGAAGACUCUUUAAGCAGCCAUCAAAAAAUAGCCUCUGAAUAUAAAGAAGAAAAGGGACCCCAAAAAUCUGAAAGUCACACUCCUGUUACAGAUCAACAGGAAACUCGAAAACAAGCAUGGACUGAAACAAAAUCAAUGACAGUGGUUGAUAUAUCUGAUGAAGACUCUUUAAGCAGACAUCACAAAAUAACCUGUGAAUAUAAAGAAGAAAAGGGACCUCAAAAUUUUGAAAGUCACACUCCUGUUACAGAUCAACAGGAAACUCGAAAACAAGCAUGGACUGAAACAAAAUCAAUGACAGUGGUUGAUAUAUCUGAUGAAGACUCUUUAAGCAGGUAGGACUUUUCAAAAUUAUAUAUUAACAGCAGAGAAAAGAAACUGACGUUUCUAGAGUAUUCUGUGGGCUAGA